AUGGAUAUUCAUGUUCUUCAAAGCCAGCCCGCCCAGAAGGUCGCGUGUAAAGACUCUUCCACGGUUCGUGUGGGUAAUAAACUUGUUCGCAAUAAGCCACCCACCCAGCCCUCUGCUAUGCGACCCAAGCAUUUGGCCCACGGCGGGUUCCAGCCGCGCCUUCCGACUUCGCUGCCGCCCCCAGGGCAGCAGCAGCAGCCGUCGCCGCUACCACGCCGACAGCCCGUCCCGUUGAUGCCUCCCGCGCAGCUUCAUUCGGGAGCGCCCCAGGUGGUCGCUCCGGCGCCUGCGGUCCCUCGUCAGUCGCCACCGCCUUCGGAGCUGAUGGACGUCGACCCCUCAGCCGGGCCGCCUUCCCAAGCGGUGGCUGUGCAGCCUGUCCUGCAGCCGCUUUCCUUGGGCACCCCCAAGGAGUCUGACACCGCAGCGCCUUGUCCGGCGCCCACUCAGCAGCCGUCGACGCAGCGUCAGGAGGCGCUGCCUCUCUUCGUGGGUCCCGACGCCCCGUCGCGUCCAGUACCAGCAGCUGCGCCCGUGGUCACAGGCGACAACGUAGCCACCUGGCUUGGCUGUGCAGCGGAAAAGAAGUCUCGACGCAUCAACGCGGGAAUCAAAAACAAGAAUCGCAAGCUACAAAGAAGUUCCGCUAGAGGCCGCCAGAUGCCACUCGCCGCCUACGACAUGCGGCGGCCGUCCUCCAAGCCAGCCGUCGGCAUUGAGGGAGAGGGUAUCUAG